AUGCGCGCUCGCCUUUGUGUGGGUCGAGCGGCGGCGGCGGCGGUGGCGGCGGCAGUGGCGGUCCCACUGGCAGGCGGGCGAGAGGGGAGUCCGGGCGGCGUCCGGCGUGGAAGCCGGGGCAGCACCAUGGUCAAGAAGCGGAAAGGUCGCGUGGUGAUCGACUCGGAUACGGAGGACAGCGGCAGCGAUGAGAACUUGGAUCAGGAGCUCUUGUCGCUGGCAAAGCGAAAGCGAAGCGACUCUGAGGAGAAGGAGCCACCAGUGACUCAGCCUGCAGCCUCCUCAGACUCCGAGACGUCUGACAGUGAUGAUGAGUGGACAUUUGGGAGCAAUAAAAAUAAGAAGAAAGGAAAGGCCAGAAAAAUAGAGAAGAAAGGAACCAUGAAGAAGCAGGCCAACAAAACUGCCUCCUCAGGCAGUUCGGACAAAGACAGUUCAGCCGAGAGCUCGGCCCCUGAGGAAGGGGAGGUCUCCGACUCAGACAGCAACAGCUCUUCCUCCAGCUCCGACUCCGACUCCUCCUCCGAAGACGAAGAGUUCCAUGAUGGCUAUGGAGAAGACCUCAUGGGGGAUGAGGAGGACAGGGCCCGUCUGGAACAGAUGACCGAGAAGGAGAGAGAGCAGGAACUGUUCAACCGCAUAGAGAAGAGAGAGGUGUUGAAAAGAAGAUUUGAAAUCAAGAAGAAACUGAAAACAGCCAAAAAGAAAGAAAAGAAAGAAAAAAAGAAAAAGCAAGAAGAAGAGCAAGAGAAGAAAAAAAUGACUCAGAUUCAAGAAUCUCAGGUAACAUCCCACAACAAGGAACGGCGUUCCAAGCGGGAUGAGAAACUAGAUAAGAAAUCUCAAGCCAUGGAGGAGCUCAAAGCAGAGCGAGAAAAGCGGAAGAACAGAACAGCUGAGCUCCUCGCCAAAAAACAGCCAUUAAAAACCAGUGAGGUGUACUCGGACGAUGAGGAGGAGGAAGAGGACGAUAAGUCUAGUGAAAAGUCCGACCGCUCAUCCCGAACCUCAUCCUCUGAUGAAGAAGAGGAGAAAGAAGAGGUCCCCCCCAAAUCACAGCCCGUCUCUUUACCGGAAGAGCUGAACCGGGUGCGAUUAUCCCGGCAUAAGCUAGAGCGUUGGUGCCACAUGCCCUUCUUCGCGAAGACGGUCACAGGCUGUUUCGUGCGGAUCGGCAUCGGAAACCACAACAGCAAACCAGUGUACCGGGUUGCUGAGAUCACAGGUGUUGUAGAAACGGCUAAAGUUUACCAGCUGGGCGGCACCAGGACAAACAAAGGGCUCCAACUAAGGCACGGCAAUGACCAGCGAGUGUUUCGCCUAGAGUUUGUCUCUAACCAGGAAUUCACUGAAAGCGAGUUCAUGAAAUGGAAAGAAGCGAUGUUCUCUGCUGGCAUGCAGCUGCCCACCCUCGAUGAAAUCAAUAAGAAGGAACUGUCCAUUAAAGAAGCUCUUAAUUAUAAAUUCAAUGACCAGGACAUUGAAGAGAUUGUAAAAGAGAAAGAAAGGUUCAGAAAAGCUCCGCCCAACUACGCUAUGAAGAAGACUCAGCUGCUAAAGGAGAAGGCCAUGGCUGAGGACCAAGGGGAUCAAGACAAGGCCAAACAGAUCCAAGACCAGCUGAACGAGCUGGAGGAGCGGGCAGAGGCCCUGGACCGCCAGCGGACCAAGAACAUAUCUGCCAUCAGUUACAUCAACCAGCGGAACCGGGAAUGGAACAUCGUGGAGUCCGAGAAAGCCCUUGUGGCUGAAAGUCACAACAUGAGGAACCAGCAGAUGGAUCCGUUUACCCGGCGGCAGUGCAAGCCUACCAUCGUGUCUAACUCCAGAGACCCGGCUGUUCAAGCUGCCAUCUUGGCCCAGCUAAACGCAAAGUAUGGCUCCGGAGUGUUGCCAGAUGCUCCCAAGGAAAUGAGCAAGGGGCAGGGGAAGGACAAAGAUUUGAAUUCUAAGUCAGCCAGCGACCUCUCAGAAGAUCUGUUCAAAGUGCACGAUUUUGACGUGAAGAUUGAUUUACAAGUUCCCAGCUCAGAGUCCAAGGCACUGGCCAUCACCUCCAAGGCUCCGCCGGCCAAGGAUGGGGCUCCACGGCGGUCUCUGAACUUGGAAGACUACAAAAAGCGACGGGGGCUUAUCUGAGCACACCCGGCUGCUGCUGCUGACUGCAUGCCCCGCCGCCGCGCCCCACUUCCUCUUUUCCUUCCUUUUGCCCUCCCCGGGCUGGAGCAGCAGUGGAACUGGGAAGAGACUAAACUGCCAGUCAUCUGUACUAUAAACCAUUUGCUGUAUAGACUCCCCCCCACUUGUCUGCACCACCUCCCACCGACCCCAAACCCCCGCCUCCAGGCCACCCCCCCCAUGCGGACCUGGGCUUUCGGGGGCUCUCUCCAUGUCCCUAGAUUUGGGUUUGCCCUCUCCUUCGGUUCUUUUGUUUUAUUUUUAAACCAGCGCAGUUCGUUGGCCACUCUGCACGCAUUCAGUGUUACCGAGGAGCUGGGAUUCUCGCUGGCACCCCGGGCCAGAGCAGACGCACUCGCUCUCCUUGGCUCUGCCGCUGGGGGUGAGGGGGGCACCCUGGGCCCCCGCACCACUGAACAUUCAGCAUCUGACCCUGUGGAGGGAGCCGGGGCCCGGCAUCUGCGGUCCCCUCGCCCCUCUCAUCUCUCUCUUCUUCCCAUCUGCGGAAAAGAGGUUUUCAAACCCAAUUUAGUUUCCAAAAAGUGUACAUUUGUGGGGAGGGAAGGGGCUCUGUUUGUGAGAGUGCGUGAGUGCCUGUGUGCGCAUGUGUGAGUCUGUGUGUGUCUGUAAGUGUGGAUUUUUUUAUCAUUUUUUAAAAAUGCAGUACUCUUUGUACCAGUCUGUCAUGGGUCUAUAGCUGUUUCAGAUUUUUUUUCAGCUGUACUUGAGCAUCUGAAACUGCAAGAAAGUAACUCAUUAAAUGUGAUUCUUCUUACUAAACAGGCCUGACUGCUGUAGCUGUGUGGCGUCCGGCCCCGUCUCUGCUCCCCCCAUCCCAGCUCCCCAUCAGCUCCUCACUCGAGAACCCCCUACCCUGUCGGCUGUGAGGCCACCCCCAGCAGGCUCCCGGGCUCCGGCCCAAGCGCCUGCUGAAUGUAGAGUGUUUCUUCCUGCUACCCCCUCCCUCACCUUGUCUCUUCAUAGUGAUCCUGUUGUGCUGUUGCAGCAAGAAUAAUGUUUUGUUUUAUUUUUAAGAGAAAAGUGUUCGACAUGACUGUGGGGAGAACCACCACAAAAAAGGUUUAGGUUGCAGAUGUUCCAAAUGUGCGGAUGUGCGCGCACGUGCCUAUAUGUGUGUGUGGGUGUGUGGGGGUGGGUGGGUGUGCGCGCUUUUGUGUGUGUGUGUGUGUGUCUACAUAUACAUAUAUAUGGUGAGCAUAUAUAUUGUGUAGCUGGGGUGAAGCCAGCUAAGACGCGUGUCUGUGUGGUGUGUGUGUGUGUGUGUGUGUGUGUGUGUGUGUGUGUGUGUGUGUGUGUCUUUAUGAAAUGUUUGAAAAGAGAUAAGCUGACUGCUUGAUAAUCAUUCUCAGGUGUAAAGCUCCAAGUGUAAAUAAAAGUGGCAUUUAACAAAUCUUUUCAGAACAAAGUACAGCUGACUAUAUAUACCAAUAACUAAGCUAAAGAAACAGUUGAGCGGCAAUUCCCAGCAGAGGGGAGGAUUCGAAACUGCUCUCUGCUCCUUCACCCUGCCUUGCUGCAGGGAAGAGAGUUGAUGGGAAAUCAUGGAGUUGUAUUUAAACAUAAAAAUGGACUUGGUAACUCAUCUGGGUUUAGUAGAGCCUCAGUGUUCCUUUAACUUAGUUUACAUGGUUUUUAUUUUUAAAAAGAAACAACCGAAGCAACGGAUGGUUCUUUAAAACAGAUUGUGACCGUAAAAUCGCUGUGACUGCCCCCAGCUCGGCAGUAGCUGGGGCACAGUUGGGUUGAGCUGAGGAGCGGCCAUGGACUCAAUAAAAUCACUCAUACUUGAACAGUCCAUGGGCCGGAGGGCUCUGGUUGUGUAAACGUGGAAUCAAAGGCAUAGACAGGGCCUGGGCUCUGCGGAGCCCUGCGGGCGGCUGGGACCUCCGAUCAUGACGAACUGGGACUUUUUUUUUUUCCUUUCUGGUUUUAAAAGACAUGAAAUGCUAGAACCCAUAUAAUUGCCAGAGUCUUUCUGGUCCACCAUGUAGAUCUGUAUUUAGUUAUCAUUGGGAUUUGGUGACGUGUCGAUGACAUUAUGGCUGUGUAAUAAAAUUUUUAUUAAAACUGCAUCACCCUGUAGCCCCUUUGCCACUACCUCCCCACGGUCAGCUGCUGAAAGCACGUUCAUUGUGAGACACCAGCACAGCAGGGAGAAGAAACAACCAAAGACGACUAACCAUCGAAGCACCGCCCCGAGUCACUGGCUUUGGUGACAGGAAUCACGAUUUGUGUCCCGGCUCAGCUGCACCAGGGCCUGGGAACCGAAACCAUGGCCUGGCGGAGUCCCCGGCAGCUGGGGCCAUGGGGGUUCACAGUAUUUUCCUGUGCCGGGGAGCUGCUGUGGUGGUCCUCCACUCCAGGCCCACCUCCCAGCUGUCUCUAGCUGAAGGGGUGCGGCACUUAAGGCUGUUUUACUCCUUUUUCACUUCCAAGGACUGGAAAGGUCAGUGUCCAUCGGCCUAACUCCUGCUGUAGGUAGAUCUGUUUGUCUGUCUUGCCUCUUAACAGGUCCAGGGAAAGUAUUGCCUGCACCUUCCCUUCAAAACUUACGCUUUUGUUUCUGUCAAGUCCCGGCCUGUUGUUCAAACUGUACAGAUAUUUGUAAAUAAACUUUAUGCCCUGUUUUAACAAAGGGGUUGGACGUACCCAG